ACCAUGCCUCUUCCAGAGACCAUGUUUUGUGCUCAGCAAAUCAAAAUACCCCCAGAGCUACCAGAUAUUUUGAAGCAGUUUACCAAAGCUGCUAUUAGGACUCAACCUCGUGAUGUUUUGCAGUGGGCAGCUGGUUACUUCUCAGCAUUGUCAAAAGGCGAGCCCCUUCCUGUAAAGGAGAGGAUUGAAAUGCCUGUAGCAACACAAAAAACAGACACCGGUUUGACCCUAGGACUCCUUAAAAUCUUGCACAAACAGCUUGCUCCAAAAGCCUUGGUGAAUGUUGCAGAGCUCAAAGAAAAAUGGAAACAGUUGUGCUUGCCAGAGGAACAACUGAAAGCUAUUCUACAAUUGGACAACUUCGGUGAAGAGGUGGAAUGGAUGAAAAUUCUGGCUCUUGGGUGUAGUGUGCUCGGUGGGUCCUUACUGAGUUCCAUGAAAUAUGCCUGUGAAAUUUUAACAACUGACCCAGAUGGCGGACCAGCUCACGUUGCAUUUGAAACCUUCUCAUUCCUUUACUCAUAUUUGGCCGGUAUAGAUGGAGAUAUACCAGAGGAGAAAACUGAAGCUUUCCUCCUCACCAUUAAAAAACAAGCUGACCAGCAAGAUGGCAUGGUGCAGCUCAGAAACUUUCUGACUCAGCCUUCAACACUGUCUUUAUCAAAGCUACCGUUCAGUACCACGUGAGGGAAAAGAAUGGAAUAAAUAUGUGAAAUUAUUUUUAUUCAAACAAAAAAACAACUUACAAAUGACAAAAGGAAAUCAUCCUCUUCUCUGGCACUCUCUUUUCUUCCUUGAUCCUACUCCUGAAAUUGUUUUACUGGAUGUUAGUUGAAUGCAUGGUUAUACAGUUCUCCAAUCUGUCCACACUUUGGGAGCUUUCAUGAGUAGAAUGUAUU